AUGUUCAUAAGCAGGGUACCAACCCGCGCCUUACCAGAAAAGGAGAUUUUCUCAGUCUUGCUAAAAGAGGAAGGUAAGCUCAGUCUCGCCAAGAAAUACGGCCAACUUGCCAAGAAUUCCCUCUUUGAGAUUCUGCUGCCCGCUACCGCCCGCCAUUACCGUCUCGUUACCCGAGACCCUCCACAAUCUGUGCUACUUUGGCUUGGUCACGAGGAUCAAGUCUGUAUUACAAAUCUUUCGUACAGACGAGAAAUGGUUUUCGGUCGCUACCGCCUGGAACCAACCCCUAAACUGUCCCAACCGCCCACUGUUGUGCCGGUCGGGUCCUCUUCUCAUCCAUCAGGGUCUUCGGACAAAAAGAAGCAUUCCCAGAAGAUACACUGUCGAUGGAUUUUUCUUACCUACUUCAGAUCUUCGUUGGAGCAGGAGGAUGAUUUUGUGAAUGGGUUUCGAGCGAUGUUGGAGCGAAGAUCCCUUGCUUCUUCUACGUUUUAUGGAUGUCGUGAGGAGCAUGCGGAGAGCGGCGUUCUCUAUCAUGUCCUUCUACACCUUGAGAAGCAAGUUAAUUGGAAAGUCAGCAGUGCUCACAGUUACCUCCUGGUUUCAGAUAACCCACAUGAGUCUAUUAACAUAGUCACUCGUCACCCUAGAGUAAUAUACCAAGACUUCAUCUACAGCCAUGUUGAAUACUGCGAGCAGAUCGCACUCGAUGAUUGUUUUGGCAUACGUCCAAGUAUUUCUGCAGCACAGGAUGCCAGGUACAAGCGGAAGUGGGUGGAAGUCGACCAGCAGCCGACAAAAACUGCCAAGCGGGCUAAAAUAAUCGAACGUCUUCAUAAAUAUGACAGGCAUUUCGACAGGAUAAAUCCUGCUCUUGAUCAUGUUCAUCCCGAGGAGGAUUGA